UUGGUGUGAAAAAAAAAAAUAGAAACAUUUCUUUGGGCUGUGUUGGAAAACAAAUCAGCCGGUUCGUUACAUCGGGACGCUGUUGAAGAAUUUUUUAACAAGAGAGACUAUUAUGUCACGGAGGAAGCAGAGCAAUCCAAAACCGGUGAAAAGAGACGACGAGUUAGGAGGUGCAAUGGACGACGACAGCCUCAACGGCGGCGAUACAAAGUCGUCUGCAUUGUCGAUGGAGGAGGAGGAAGAACUGGAGGAGGACGGUGUCAGUUUGACGACGACCAGUUCCAGCGCAGCUGCGUCACCUCCGCCGCAGCCGCCGCCGCCCGCUCAUCCGCUCAUCCCUUCGAGUCGGGGCCGACCUCCGUCUCGGCCUCCGUCGGAAGACGCGGACCAGCCGCCGAUGAAAUCGGGCAAAACGCAGAUCGCACCUACACCACCACCGCCGCCUCCUCCACCUGCGCAACAACAAGCCGCGGCCGGCAACAUGGCGGCCGUGAAACGGAGACGCGAAAUCGAACAGGACGAAUUGAUUGUCGUGCCGAGCGCAUCCAGGCCCUCGCCGCCGGCCCAACUCGCAGUGCCGGGCCUACCGACUCAACAUCCGCUGCUCAGCGCUGACCUCCUGCACAGCCUGCAGUACUUUGCAUUGUUACGUCAGAGCAUACCCAAUGGUUCUUUGAUGAAUUUGCCCGUGGCACCUCCACCACCGCCGCCGCCACCGCCGAUUCCGAAUCGAUUGUCUCCAACUCCUCCGGCUAGCAGUAAAUCAUCAGCUGGAUUAAAUCAUAUGUGCCCAUCGUGCGGAAUCUGCUUUAGUUCGGCCUCGACCCUUAGCGCCCACGCUACUUACUAUUGCUCCAAACGACCUCAAGUGUCACCGGCCGCAGCACCUGUCACCAGCGCGUCUCCGCUUCCUGCGCUUCCGACGCAGCCGGAAAUGAUGGCCAACGUUGCCCUGAGUAACGGCAGGAGUCAAACUCCCGAGCCCAUGGACGAACUGUUGAACGACCGGCCGUCCGCCCCCAAGAUUAGACGCAGCGGACGCUAUUACGCCUGCCCGUAUUGUUCGUUCAGCGCCGAUAAGCGUGUCAGCCUCAACCGACACAUGAGGGUUCACGUUGGCCUGCCGCUUUUAGCCACACAUCCCGUCUCACCUCCCCCGCUUCCGGCUGGCCAUUUGGAAACGUCGCGUUCCUUAUCGUCCGACAGACCGACGGCCGGUUCCUCUCCGGAAUUUCGCGCCAUGAACAAGUUGCAGGAAGAGGUGGCGGCCAACCUCGAUUCCGGGGCGGAUCGGUUCUGCGCCGAUUGCAAGAUCCAGUUCUCAUCGUUCAAAACGUAUCAAGUCCACAAGCAGCACUAUUGCCAGUCGCGGAAAAUGGCCGGCGCCAACCUACCGGCCGGAUCGCCUGUCCCAUCUCUGGAGAAAUCCAUUGCAGCUGGAGAAAGCGUUGCCGGACGGGCUCAGAACGCGGGCGGAGGUCCUAUGACCAUCCUGAUGCUGCCCACCCAUCCGCCGAUCGUCAUUCCAUUGUGCAUCCUGCAAUCCGCGCGUUUGCUGACGGCCGAUCAGCCCAUGCCGCCUCAUUCGGUCAUCGUUUCGCCGCAUGGAGACAUCCAGUUCCGCGCUGAUUCGCCGGAGGAGCCACGAUCGACGACCUCAUCGGCCGUCGUCACUCCGGCCGCUUCGACUACCCCGGCGGCUGUGGCUGCCGUUCCACUUGUGACGGUAGCUCCAUCCGCGCCCGUCACUCCUGUCCCACCGGCCGCCCCGCUUCCGGCCGAGCCGCCCUCACCGGCGGCGGCCAAUGCGGCCGCCGUUCCACCGGAAACUGCGCUGGAUCUCAGUUCAAAAACGAGCGAAUCGGAUCCGGCCGCGACGGAAUCGUCCCGCAAGGAGUCGGUAGCCAAGGAAUCCAACAGCAACGCGACCGGAGGCAUCCGCAUAAGGGAAGAAUUGGCGCACGUCAAUCAAUCGAGCCCCGACAAUGCGUCGGGGCAACAGCAGCCGGCACUUCCGUUCCUUCCGCCCAAAGUCUUUGCCGAGCUGGAAGCGCUGGGCAUGUGCCUGGGAGUCCCCUCGGGCCACGACAUGACAUCCAAUCCGGCCCAGUGGCUGGCCAUGCUGGAGAACGCCGUUUUGCAAGCAAGUUUCAAAGCCCCGCCCACCACCACCUCCUCCUCCGCCGUAUUGUCCCCGUCUAAUAAAACGGAUUUGAUCCAUCAGGCGCAGCGGCCCAGCAGCGCCAUCCCGUGUGAAGAAUGCAACAUUAGCUUCCGGCGGAUGGAAAGCUACUUGGUGCACAAGCAGUACUACUGCGCUGCUAGACACCAGCAGCAGCCGGGCCAGCCGGCCGGCAAAGAACCGGCUGCCGAACAGGUGAACGGCAAUCAGCCGGAAGAAGCGGCAGUGGCAGCAGGGACACCUGCCGUCCAUCGCGAUCCGGUCAUUCAGCGGGCAACCAAACACGCUUGUCCCCUGUGCGGAAUCGAAUUCGAAUCCGCCGUUGUCCUGCAGGCUCAUCGCAGUUUCUAUUGCCCCAAGAGGGAAGUCGAUCCGGCGCUUAAAAACGCCACGGACGUUCGAAAAGUCAAUGCGGAACCUUUGGCCGUCUCGCCCAACGCGUCCGGCCCGUCUCCCGGUCACAAUGGAAGUCCUACGGCAGGUGGAUCGGGAUCGAUCCAGCCUCAGGGAUGGAAGUGCCCGUGUUGCGACGUCGUCAGCCCGACAGCAGCUUCCGCGCAGAAACACGUGGAGACGCACUCGAAUGUGAGGGCAUUCCGCUGCUCCGUCUGCGGUUACCGCGGCAACACGCUGCGCGGAAUGCGGACCCACGUCCGCAUCCAUUUCGACCGGCGGAAUGCGGAUCUCUGCGAAGAUAAUUACAUUUCGUGCAUCAUGGGCGGAAGCGGCGCCGUUGGCGAGUUCAACCCGGCGGCCGGAGGGAUGCCAAACUCCCCGCCGGAUGUGGAUCAAAUUUUUAAAUCGCUGGGAAUCCCGCCGGAAGUCUGCGCCAAAGUUCUUUCGGCGGCCCAUCCGCAAAAUGCGGAUCCCUCGGGCGGAAACGCCAGAGAUCGCAGAGAGCUGGGAGGAUCGUCUCUGGCCGGACUGCAGUUUCUCCAGCUGGCCCAGCGGAUCGCUAAUCACUCUCCGGGACCGACCACUGGAGCCGGAUGCCGAUCCGACAAACUCUUCCUCUGCGAUCUUUGCUGCUACAGCUCCAGCUAUCGGGGCAAUGUCAUCCGCCAUUCGAAGCUGGUCCACGGACGGGAAAUCAGCGACGUUGCCGUCGUCAGUUCCAAUUUUCUCCAGCAGGCCGUCAACAACAAUCCGGCGGCCAUCGCCAAACCGCCUUUCGCGGAUGCCAACGCGGCCGCAAAUCGCAUCAAAACGAUAACGGAUCAUCACUCUCCUCCGCCGCGACCGGCUCUCACCAGCACGCCGUCAUCGCUGCCGUCGGGCCGGAUGAUAUCCACCGGAUCGCCGGAUGAAGCCAUCCAAGUGAAGAUCGAUCCGGAUGACGUGAUGAUGAUGCACCAAUCAUCAACCGGCGGUUCCAAUUCGUCCCAUUCGGGCGGUCACUCUCCUCCUCUAGGCAAUUCGGCAUCGGAUUUCCAUUCGGGCUCUGCAGGCGCCGCCACCGGGAGCGAUCCGUUCCGGAAGCACUGCAAAUCGUGCAAUAUCACGUUCACCUACAUGAACACGUUUUUGGCUCACAAGAAAUACUACUGCUCUAGUCAAGCCGCUUUAGAGGAUCAGGACCGGGACCAAGACAGGGACGAGAAUAUGGACGACAUGGAUGACGAGGAGGACGAGUUGGAGGCCGAGACGUCGGCCAGUCCUCCACCGGCUCCCGCGCAUCACUCAGAGGCCACACCCACAUAAAUUAGCCCACCCCCACGUUACUCUUUGGAAAAUUUUAAAUAUCAUACAGUGUCACUCUCCCACCACCACUACCCCUUCGUUUGAGGCCGUUUCUUCUUCUUUUCAACAAUCAAUUUACUUCAUGAAAUUUUUUUAUUUCUUUGGUUUUAAAUUGGCACGUCGUGUCAUUUGUUUUCGUCUUCAAAUUUUCAGGAUUUUCUACUUCGACAUAUUGAACUUCAAAAUCGAUAUCAACUGAUGCAUAUCUGUUACGAUGUCUCGUUGUGCUUUUUUUUUUUAAUUUCGAGUCAAGUUUAACACACUUAAUUAUAAUUAAAGGGGGAAAAGGGACGUUAUGUGCAAUCUAUUCGUAACACGACAUUAUCAUUUUUUUUUUUUAGGUCGUGGAAUUUUGUUUUUCCACCACUUCUAUACCACCUGUCGAAAAAUCAUCAUUUUGAGAGUUGUUUUCUAAUUUAUGACACAAAAAAGGAAAAAAAAAAAAAAUAAAAAAAAAAAAAAAAAAUUUGUGAAAUCAAUAUUCGUGUCAGCAUAUUCUAGGGCUGAUAGAAGUGAUCUACAUAUCUAUAAUUUGAUGUCUAUUUUUGUUUUUCUUUUAAAAACACAAUUUUUGAUGUCUUUGUUUUGCGUUUGGUUUUUUUUGUUUUUUUUUGUUUUUAAUUUGUUUUCUUUUUAAAUUCCAAUUUUUAUUCUACGCAGAGGUUGGAGUGAUUGAGAGGCUUUGUUGUAUCAAAUGUGCUAAAUCGUGUAAUAGGGGAAAUCAUCGAUGUAGAUCAUCUCCACCCUCCCUCCCAUUCUCAACACAGAUCUAUAACACUCAGUUUGUUGGUGAAUCUAUUAUGCUCAGUUGUGCGUGACUGUCUCUGCGUGCGUGAGUGUGCGUGUUUUUUUUAGUGUCAAUACAAAGUCGUUAAUAUUCUA